AUGUCUCUCAGCUUCGUGGCACCCAAUGAGCAGAAAGGAACAUUGCAAAAGCGACACCUUCUACUACAAGUACUGUGUGGCACUUUACGGUACCAACCUUGGUCUCGACUCGCUAGUGCUGCUGCUUCCAAUUGCACCGGUUAUGCGGCUGCAAAUGGCACUCAAGAAACGACUAGGAGCACUGGUGAUGUCCCCCUAGGCACAUCGGCAUGUAUCGCAGCUACGUAUAAGCUUGGCAUCUACGUGUCACAGUGGGGACAGAUUGGCGAUCUCGACAUAAGAUGGUUUUCUACAGUCAUGAGUCGGCUGAUCCCACCGCAAUUCGGAAAAUUCGGCUACACAUUCUGGAUACCAUCUCAGGUCGAGCCAACAGUUGCCAUUAUAGGUUGCGCACUUCCCGCACUUCGCACUCCUAUUGCAGACUCUUUCUCUCGCAUGUCGUCUGCGCUUUCAUCCUUCACAAGUGGUAAGACUAGUUACACGACUAGCGUGUCGAAGGACGGGUCGAGUCGGCAGCAUUCGCAAAAGAAGUACCUCAAGAUGGGUGGCGGUGCGUCGACGGCGACGUCGCAACUGCGCUUUGAGCUAGAACAUCUUGAAUCUCGGGGAUGA